AUUCCGUACAAUCUUCGCGAUGGAUUCACAAAUAGAUACAGAGUCACAGAAAAGCUCUGCUCCCAAACGUAGUCACAGGACUCUUUUAUUAUCUGUAUUAGCUGUUAUUGUAGUUAUAGCCCUUGGCGUUGGAAUAUAUUAUAUAGUGAGUGAUUUCAAUGGCAGCACAAAGCAUGCUGAAAUUGAAGAGGAAGUAUCACCAGAGACUGAAAAAUGGGUUAAUAAUGAAGAGAUUAAAAUAUUUCGAAAAUAUUUGAGAUUUCCAACCGUGUCUCUUGACAGUGACUUUGGACCAUGUGUCAAUUUUUUGAAGGAACUUGCAAAUGAUUUGGAUCUCGAAGUAUCUGUACUAUAUCCAGUGAACGACAAAAAUCCCGUUGUGAUAAUGACAUGGAAAGGAUCACAGCCAGAGUUGCCAUCAAUUUUAUUGAAUUCACACAUAGACGUUGUACCGGUUGCCGUGGAAUUUUGGACCUAUCCACCUUUUUCAGCCAAAAUUGAUGAAUCUGGAAACAUUUACGCUCGAGGUGCCCAAGAUAUGAAACCAGUGGGUAUGCAAUAUCUGGGUGCAAUUCGAGCAUUGAAACGCAAAGGAAUUAAUCAACUGAAACGCACAAUCCAUUUGACUUAUGUUCCCGACGAGGAAACCGGAGGAGAGUUUGGUAUGGCACCAUUUGUCCAAAGUGAUCGUUUCAAGAAAUUAAACAUUGGGGUUGCCCUUGAUGAAGGUUAUCCAUCAGAAAAUGAAAAUUUGGAGGUAUUUUUUGCAGAGAAACCAGACUGGGCUGUAACUGUCACCUCUAAUGGGCAUUCAGGGCAUGCAUCAAUCCUUUUUGAUGACACGGCAGGCGAAAAGUUAAAUUAUGUCAUCAGCAAAUUCAUGGAAUUACGUAAAAAUGAGAAAACCAAAUGGAAGGAACAUAAGUAUCCGUAUGGAAACGUUACUUCUAUCAAUUUAACUAUCCUAAAUGGUGGUCUAAGAGGUAACAUUGUUCCACCUCAAAUGACUGCUUACUUUGAUUUACGGUUAGCUAUCGAUACCGACUGGGAUCAGCUGGAACAAAUGAUUAGAGGUUGGGUGAAAGAAGCUGGCAAUGAUGUUACAGUUGAUAUUGUGAAAGGUGUUAAGGCUCCGGCAACGCCAGUCGACGACUCAAACCCAUAUUGGACUGCUUUUAAAAAAGCUACCGAUGAACUAAAAUUAAAUGUCACUCCGACAGUAUUCCGUGCCGUAACGGACAGUAGAUACAUUCGCAUGUUGGGCCUCCCGGUACUAGGAUUUUCGCCACUUAUGAACACAUCGCCCAAACUACAUGAACACAAUGAAUACGUCAAUGCGGAGGCGUAUUUAAAAGGAAUUCCGAUCUACGAGAAAAUAAUCGAAAAGAUAGCGAAUGUUUAGAAGAGGCGAGAGCAAGAAUGAAGUCCUUAAAUCAACAGUUCGCACAUCAAAACAGUGUCAAUAUGACGACCACAUAGUGAUUCGGUACAAAAUAUAAUAAAUUUCAAUAUGAUUCGUACAUUCUUUCACAAACACGACUUAAAUCAAUGACUUUUUAUGAGUGGUUUUUGUUUACUUUUGUUCCCUUUUCCAAUUGUAAUUGUGAUAAAUUUAGGAAUCUUAAAGCUCAACUGCAUUUGCUUUCCAAUUUAAACAAUGAAGCUAAGAAUACAAUUAUAAAAAAUCUAUUUAAAAUGAUUGCAGCUUUUUUUUUUUGAAGAUUCGCCAAUGGGUGAAAGAGGCCCCAGGUGCAGAAAAUAUUACAAUCAGUUCAAUUAUACAUUUCAAGUGAAAGGAGAAAAGGAGAGAAUAACUACCACUGAUGAGACAAAUCUGUAUUGGGUUGAACUAUUAGUAUGAACAUAAUUGACGAAGUUUGAACAUUUCACAUCAUUUCAUUAGUUUCAGUGAUAUUCAAUAUGCACCAGCCAUUCGCUUAGGUGCAUCAGACAGCAGAUUUGUUCGCAAAAUUGGUAUUGCUUCGUUUGUAUUGCUUUUUCACCGAUGCCUAACACCAAAGGGAUAGACACCAUUAGAAAACUAGUGAAAUAUUAGUAAAAUUAGCAAAAAAAUAUGAAAUAUUAGAGGAAAUACAGCUGCCCAUUUGAAAUAUAUUGGUUCAAUGCAUUUCAAAUGGAGAUUUUUACCUCCAUAAGAAAUGUAUUGAAACAAUGUAAAUCAAAUGGCAAUUUUAUUUUUGCUGAUUUUUGAAUAUUUGUAAACAAAUUCUACAUCUAAAAUACAUUGUUCCUGUGUAAUUCUUAUGCGAGAGCGUUUCCCAUAAGAGAUACACAGCACCAUACACUUCUUAUGCACACAGUACCGUUAAUCUACAGCGGCGCUCUUUCAUAAGUAAUAUACAGUGCUGUGUAUUCCUUAUGGGCAACGCUCUCGCAUAAGAAUUACAUAGGAACAAUGUACAUCAGAUGUAGAAUUUGUUUACAAACACUUUGUGUGUUCACCAAAAUCACCAAAAAUAAAAUUGCCAUUUGAUUUACAUUGUUUCAAUACAUAUCUUAUGGAGAUACAAAUCUCUAUUUAAAAUGCAUUAGACAGUGUGUUUCUUAUGGAAAAUAGCAAAGUAGAAAAAAUUAGCGAAAUUAGCACGAAAAUAGAAUAUUAGCAUUGGUGUCCAUCCCCUUGCCUAACACAGGGUAUACAAUUCAAAGGGUAUUGACGUUUACAAAGAAAAUAAUCACCAAUUUGGGAAACGAAAUUAAUUCGUUUUAAUUUCAAUGAAGCUGUAUCAUCUUGAAACGUGUUGACGCUUAAAAACGACAUUGAGUUCAUUAUACACAAUCUAAUAUUGGGUAUUGUUGAUUAUUUAAGAUUGCGAUUUAAUCUAAUACGUAGUUUGAACUUCAUCAUUGAUUAUUUGCAAUUCAAAAGUUUAACAUUUUAUUUGUAUCAUUCCGAGUAGCGCUGUUGUCAUUCAUUGCAAUGUAAGACUGAAGAAAACUACGAAAUGAAAAUAGAAUGAAUAGAAUAAUUUUAAGAGCAAAAUUGUUGUUGUUAGCGAUUAAAUACGGCGCGUAGUCGUUGCAUUAAUCGUUUGAACAUUAUCUUUAUGCCGAAACAGACCAACUAAUAUUGUCACUGCGAAAUAAUCAAAGCAGAUUAAAAAAUGGCAUUUAUUUGUUACUUGAAAAAUACAGCCAAAAGAAUGUCUCUCAUGGAAAUAAAUCCUAUUCUACAGGCGUUAUUUUCAUAUUUAGGUUGUUUUCCGGAUAUAUUUUUGGAACCACAUCUUCUAACGAUUUGCCAUAAAUAGUUCAAUCGUUGACAGUUUGUAGCGAACACAUUGUUACAUCGGUCAAAAAUGCUCGUCUAGUUAACUGACACAAUGCACCAUUGAAAAUAAACGGAGUUUGAUACAAGUUCAUUUAAAAGUUAGGUCAAAAUACCAUUGAAACAUCUAUGUUAAAUUGAUUUUUUGAAAUUUUGAAUUUCGAAAUAAGUCACAUCAAGUAUUAACACUUGUACACGCACAUAUUUUAAAACCUUACUCCACGCACAUGGUGCCUGACCAGACCCCUAAACAUUUACAUGCAUUUGUAUGGGAAUAAGUGAUGCAUGCCAUCUCAUUGUUAACGGAACUGAUAAGAGAUAAGUGAUAUAUGUCUUCAGCAAAGUUGUCGAGCAGGUCAAGUACUACAAUUUUUUCAAAGACAAUAUCUUCUUAUCUCUUAUCAGUUCCGCGAAAAACGAUAAGAAAGAAUCGCGUUUUUUCGCGAAACUGAUAAGAGAUAACGGCUUGGUAUCUUCGGUAAAGUUGUAAUUGUCCAGAUCCCCUACAAAUUUUCGGAGGGCAGAUAUCGCUUAUCUCUUAUCAGUUACGUAAAAUACGCAGAUAACCUCAAAAAAGCCGCGAGAUAAAAGCGUUUUUCCAUAUCGUUUUUCACGUAACCGAUAAGAGAUAAGGGAUAUGUGUUUUCAGCAAAUUUCUAAAGCAGGUUGAGUUCUAUAAUUUUAUUCAUGCUACAUUUCAAUAUCUCUUAUCAGUUACGCGUAAAAUUGUGAAAAACACGAGUUAUCAUUUUUUUUAUCAUUCAUCAUUUUUCGCGAAACUGAUAAGAGAUAAGGAGAUAGUAUCUUCACAAAAAGUAUAGUACUUGACCUGGUCUACAACUUUGCUGCAGACAGAUAUCAUUUAUCUCUUAUCAGUGCCGUAAAUAAUGAGAAGGGGAAUUUUCGCGAUUUUUCGCGUUUUUCGCGAUUUUCGCGUAUUCCGCGGAAUUGAUUAGUGGGCGAGGGUCAGGUCGGUAACGUUACAAUUCGCACACCUAUUUCGCCCAUAUCUCUGAAAAUAAUAAUGAAAACCCAAAAUUUCAAAAGUGCAUAUGAUAGUGCUGCCCAUACCACACAUUUCAAAGAAAAGUUUUUAUUUUUAUCACCUAUAGUAUUGGACUUAUGAGCGAUUAAAGGCGUCGGUAACGUUACAAAAUUUUGGAAGUGAUUUGCGAGGUUGCUCAACGUUUUUAUGAAAAUUAGCGAAUCUACCCAGGCAUAAAUCUGUUGUCACUCAUUAUAUCGUAGAUGAAGGAUCAAAGAAAAGAUAGAAAUACAGGGUGUGCAUGAAAAACUGUUUUGGUGGUCUCUGGACCCAGUAGGCGUAGAAUCGGUAACGUUACAAAAAAAAUCGGUAACGUUACACGUGCGAUUUGAGUGCUCCAACCAGAAAAAAAAACCAGAAAAGAAAAUAAAAAUCAUAUUUUCUCGAAUUUAUUAUUAAAGUUUUGGCCCAUUUCUACAAAAAUAUGUAAAGGUUCUUGUAGUUUUGUAAAAGCAUAGUAGAAAUCUUGUGCUUUCAAAAAACGGUCGGUAGCGUUACAAAAAUCGGAAAAAAAUCGAAAAUUUGUAGAUUUUCAUAUGAAAAAAUUAUCCGAAUUGGAUAAAAUUUUCAGAGAAUAUAAGUUUUAUGAAAUAAUUAAGCUAUGCAAAAAUUCAUUGCGAUCGAACGACGUUAAUAUACUUUUUUGCUCCUUAGAAACAUU